CUGACCAAAGCUGAUCUUGGAAGCUAAGCAGGAGAAAGCCUGGUUAAUAGUUUGAUGGGAGCUCUGCAAGGAAUCUCAGGGCUGGCUGGAGGACUGGGAAGGCAAAAUAAAGACAAACCUUUCCAAACCAAGAGACGUAUGAGAAGAGAAUGCUGAGGCCCUCUAGUGAUGAAACUGAAGAAAUUAAAUGGGAUUCAGAAUAACAGAGUUGGAAGAGAAUUUGGAGGUCUUCUAGUCCAUCCCUCUGCUCUGGCAGUAAACCCUAUACUAUUUCAGACAAAUGGUUAUCCAGUGUCUUCUUAAAACUUCCAGUGUUGGAGCAGUCACAACUUCAGGAGUUCUACUACAACUGACCUUCUGACAGAUUAGCUCUUUCAACUGAUGGUAACUAGAAGCAAGGACAGACUGUUUUGGUUUUGAAUAAGAGCAGAGGAGAAGAGCCAGCACCUCCAGGUGACCUCAGAAAGGUUAGUUAAGUGAAAUAUGGCUGCUUUGCAAAACUUCACCCAUUCUCUGGAAGAGACUUUCAAGAAGAUUUUCAUUGACUAUAUGAACAACUGGCGUAGAAAUACCACAAUGGAACAAAAUGCUUUGCAAGAUCGAGUUGAUGCUGAAAAUUUAGAUUAUGUAAUUUUGUAUCUUAUGGUAAUGAUUGGCAUCUUCUCUUUUAUUAUUGUGGCAAUUUUAAUAAGCACAGUGAAAUCAAAGAGACAAGAGCAUUCCAAUGACCCUUAUCAUCAGUACAUUGUGGAUGAUUGGGGCGAGAAGCUAAAAAACCAGAUUCUUUUCCAAGAUGAUCUUAAAUCCAUUGUCCAUGAAAAUUGUGGAGCAAAGGGCAAAGGUAGUCCAUAAUCACCAAAAACUGAAUUAAGUAUUGAAGAACUGGAAUCCCUAAUUUAGUGGCUUUAAUAUCAGUAUGCUAGAACUUGUAUUCUAUACAUAAUUAUAGGAUAUCGGAUUAAGUUAAAUAUUAAGAUUCAAUAUCUACAGGCAGAGCAGUAACCAACUAUGCACUUACUGGAAUCAAAAGAAAGUUUUCUAGACAUCUUCAUCAGUUCAAGAAAUUACAAAGUGGGUUAAAUCAGGGAAGCCAGUUUACAUUCUGAAAUUCCAGGCACUCUUUUAAGAAUUUUUAUAAGAUUCAGUGAUUAAAUGAAGAUCCUUCAAAGAAAUUAUAAUAAAUUAUAAAAAUACAUUGACUGCUUUGUUGAAGAAAAUGGGUGAUUCUACCUAGACACCAUGAUAUCCUUUUUAGAGGGAUUUUUAAUCUUCACUACCACCACCACUCUAUUUUUGUGUGUGUAUGCUUCAACUACCCUGCCAAUGGAAGAAGCCAGAGGACCAAAACUCUGUUACCUCCAUUUCUGUCCUGCUUCAUGAAGCUGUAACUGGACCUUUCCUGCUCAAUAAAACCCUUGGAAUCUGCCACCCAGGAAGAGAGAAAAAAGCUGCAAUAAUUAUCUUUGGGUCUGUAGACUAAAAGGUUGGCAGUUUGAGAGCCAAGAAGCACAAAAUGGGAUGAGCUCCCAUUCUUGCCCGAGCUCCCGACGACCUAGCAAUUCAAAAGCUUACCAAUGCAAGUAGAUAAAUAGGUAUCACAUCAGUGGAGUUAUAACAACAUUCCAUGCACCUUGGCUUAUAGUCAUGCUGGUCACAUGACUAUGGAAGUGUCUUUGGAGAAUGCUGGCUCCCUCGGCUAGGAAACGAAGACGGGCACCGCCCCUUAGAGUCAGAAUGAACUAGACAGGGGAAACCUUUACCUUUACCUUACUGAUUUUAUGAAAUGGAUAUCAGCUGCUUCUUCUGUGAAUCAGAUGAAAAACAUGGGAAGAUGAAUCAGUAGGAUUCCACACUUUACUAAGGAACUUAUUAAUAGAAUAACUGAAAGUUUUGUUUUAUGUAACCUAAAAUUACAGUUCUUUUAUGACUGUAUGACUUUUAUGACAUUCGGUCCAUUUAUAAUCCAUUAACGCUGUGAGUUGUAGUUGUUAUAUGAUUCUUAUUUGAUACUUCAAAUAUGUAGUAGUGCUUUUUGUUUAGAGGCUUCUUAUCAUUUCAGUAAUCUACACUGUGAUUAAUUAUACUUUGCUUAAUAAAUACAAUUUCUCAGUGCAAAGAAAGAAAAAAGGAAGCAAUUUGAAUUCUGCUUCUGGGGUGUGGCAGACAAUGUUAUAUUGGAGUUCUGGAAACAUCUUUAGAAUGUAACGGCUGAACAAACAUUUUUUUGAAGUGCUAAUGUUCUGAAUCUCACUCCAUGCUCCGCCUAUACCUGAAUUUAAAUGUAUAUCAGCCUGUAAAUGAAUAUAAAUUUACAUUCAGC